AUGGUGACAGAUGUUAUCAGAGGAACUGUAUCGAGCUCGUACACUAAUUACAUGUUCCCCGUGAAGAUCAGGGUUAGAUACACGCGACACUUCACAACACAGUACACGCAACACUUCACAACGCAGUACACGCAACACUUUUCAACACAGUACACGCAACACUUCACAACACAGUACACGCAACACUUCACAACGCAGUACACGCAACACUUCACAAUACAUUACACGCAACACUUCACAACGCAGUACACGCAACACUUUUCAACACAGUACACGCAACACUUCACAACGCAGUACACGCAACACUUCACAACGCAGUACACGCAACACUUUUCAACACAGUACACGCAACACUUCACAACACAGUACACGCAACACUUUUCAACACAGUACACGCAACACUUCACAACACAGUACACGCAACACUUCACAACACAGUACACGCAACACUUUUCAACACAGUACACGCAAAACAACACUUCACAACGCUGUACACGCAACACUUUUCAACACAGUACACGCAACACUUCACAACAAAGUACACGCAACACUUUUCAACACAGUACACGCAACACUUCACAACACAGUACACGCAACACUUCACAACACAGUACACGCAACACUUUUCAAUACAGUACACGCAAAACAACACUUCACAACACAGUACACGCAACACUUUUCAACACAGUACACGCAACACUUCACAACACAGUACACGCAACACUUUUCAACACAGUACACGCAACACUUCACAACACAGUACACGCAACACUUCACAACACAGUACACGCAACACUUUUCAACACAGUACACGCGAAACAACACUUCACAACGCUGUACACGCAACACUUUUCAACACAGUACACGCAACACUUCACAACACAGUACACGCAACACUUCACAACACAGUACACGCAACACUUCACAACACAGUACAUGCAAAACAACACUUCACAACACAGUACACGCAACACUUUUCAACACAGUACACGCAACACAAAAUUACAAAUAACACAAAAUAGCACGAAGCGGCGCUGUGUGCCUGAGCAGAAUGAUUUGGACGAGGAAACAUUCCCAAGUGUGACUGGUACAAGCGUUUCAUGUUCCUUUAGCUGUACAAGCCUGCUCAUGAAUUCGGUUACGAAUUUUCAAUUUGCUGGUGGUGGUAACCUUAGAUUACAUUAUCUGUAGCGGAAAAAUAGUUGAUCAAUUCUCUGUAAGGCAUAAUACGCAUAGAAGAUUACGUCUUGUUUGGAAUAUGGAUGAAAUAAAGUACUGUCACGGUACGAUAUGUAUCGUGAUACGGAUCGCCAUACAAUGCUUAUCACGAGAUGUUAGU